UUAUAAAAGGAAUAAAAGGAAUAUUAUAAAGAAUUGAUUUAAUCUUUUCAUUAAUAUAUAAAUGAAUUUGUUUAGGUCAUAGCAAAUAUUUUUUUACAAUGGCUAACAGUUUAGCAAAAGUUUUUGCAACUGAAGAUUUUAAUCCUGAAAAAUUUGUAAAAGAACUUAGCGCACAAUGUGUGGGAGCAGAUGAAUUAAGACAACAAAGAGCUAAAAUUCAAGAACUUGCAAAUAAUACUUCUGCACAAUUAAAACGUAAUGUUUAUCAAAAUUAUAUGCAAUUUAUAGAAACUGCCAAGGAAAUUUCACAUUUAGAAAGUGAAAUGUAUCAGUUAUCUCAAUUACUCAGUGAACAACGUUCAUUGUUAAGUACAUUAGGAUCUACCAGAACUACUGGUGUUACUUUUGAAGAUUUAUCUGAAUCCCAAUUAGAAAAUAUUAAUGAUUCUAGUACUAAAGAAGAAGAACAAAAACAAAAAUUAAUGCAAUUACUUGAAAAUGUAGAAGGUGCUAUGAGUUUAGCAGAAAUACCUGGUCGUAUAUGUUUACAUGAAGGGUCUUUGUUAGAAUUAGAUCCAUUAGAGGGGACUCCAUUAAAGAGAGUUCAUGCAUAUUUAUUUACUGAUAUUCUAAUGAUUGCUUCUUGGUUAGCAAAUGGAAAUAGAAGAGGACCACCAAAAUAUAAAAUGCAAGCUGUUUAUAAUCUUGAAAGCUUGGCAAUUGUUAAUGUUAGAGAUCUUGGAACAGUAAAAUUAGCAUUCAAACUUUUAGCAUUUUCUGAUACCAGAGUGUUUCAAUGUGCAACUGCAACAAGUAAAAAAGAAUGGUUAGAUAAAUGUGAACAAGCAAAAAGAAUGAAGUUGAUUGAAGAUAAUCCAAAUGAGACAACAGAAAAUAAUAAACGUUCAAAAGAAGAGAAAAUAACGAUGCCUUCUCGAUCGAUGUCACUUGAUUCGAAUACUCUCGGUAUAGAUGAUGAAGAUACAGAAUAUCAUGAACCACCACCAGAAUGGAUAUUAGAGGUGGCAGAAGAUUUAGAUUCUUGCAUAGCACAACGUCAUUUUGAGGAAGCUUAUAGUCUUUUAGAAAAAGCAAAAACCUACUUAAAAGAUGCACAAAUAACACCACUUUUAUUAGAAAUCCAGUUAAAGGUAAAUGAUAGAGGAAAAUCAUUAAUUGAAGUUUUAACAAAAGAACUUGAAUUAAGUGCAGAAGCGAAAUCAUUACAAGGUGGUGGUUUAAGAAGUGCUCGUCGCGUAGUAAAAUUAUUGAUACAAUUAAAUAGAAAUGCUCAAGCCUGUCAAUUAUAUUUGCGACUAUGCAGUGCUAUGUUAAAAGCACGUUUAAAACGAGUUAAAAGAGAAGGAGCUAUUGCACCUUAUGUGAAACAACUUAGUGCAAUUGCUUUUAGUAAUAUCGUUGAAAUCACAAAAGAAUUCUUAAAACUUUUUCCACAGUCAACAAAUUGUACAUCUGGUUUGGUACUUUGGUGUAGUCAAGAAGUAAAAUACUUAACAACACAUUUAACUAAGCAACUUUUUAUUCCACAAGUAUCUCUAAGCACAUUAGUAGAAUGUAUUGUUUGUGUCCGAAGUCAUUGCGAUCAGUUAACGCAAUUAGGAAUGGAUUUUCGUUAUCAAUUGGAUGGUCAACUCAGAUCCCCAUUAGCAAAAGCUAUACAAGAUACUGGUGAAAAAUAUGUUGAUACUGUGAAAGAAUAUAUAGCAAAAGAUACGUGGCGACCAACUAAUUUAGAAAGUUGCAAAAAUGUUCAAAAAUUUCUAUCAGAAUUUGAUGAUCUUGGAAUAACUGUUCCAUCAUCUUAUAUAACAAAUGAUUGUUGGAUUGCAUUAACUGAUAAUAUUUUAACUUUUUCAAAAAUUUAUGUAAGUCUACUAGAAGAUUGCCUUAGCGUUGCUACACCUGAAUUAAUGGCAAUAAUAGAUUCAGUUUUAAUAUCAGUUAUGCGAAUUCAAGUACAACAUAUAAUAGUAUCACUUACAAAUCCAAGAUUAAAGCAAGAGAAACAAUUGGUGCAAGAUAAUGCUUCAUAUAUCCGAGAUAUUUUAAUUAUGCGUGGAUUAGAGUUAUAUAAAUCAACAACAAAUCAAGUUUUUAAGAAAUUGUUAGCUUUAAAGGAACAAAUCGUAUUUGAUUUGUCUCCAAAUAAACCAAAACCUGCUCCUAGAACUUCUGUACCUAAGUAUUCUACCACAGAAUAUAUUUAAAAUUAUAAAA